AUGGUACACUCAGGAAAAGGGAAAACCAGAAAAAGUUCGAUCUAUGCCGGUAACGAUACAAGCUUGCCGCGUAAUGCAAAUGCGAACAUUAAUUUUUCUUUCAAAGUUUUAACAAAUCCCGAAAUACUGUCACAAACUGCAGAUGCGACCUUCACUUCUAAAGUUAACGGCAAGGUCAAGGUCAUCAUUAUCCUUGCGUACAUGCACACGGGAUCAACGUACCUCGGUGAUGUGCUGCACCAACUUCCGGGCUCCUUUUAUGAGUAUGAACCCCUACGAAGCCUUCAGCAAGCCAGCAGAUAUAGGGACGCUAUCACAUUCAUGAACGGCUCUCGCAAGCAACUGCAGCGAGGUAAAGCUGUGGCAUACCAACUUGCCGCAAAAGCAGUUGAACACAUGGUCACCUGCAAUCAUAGAAACCUGGACUACGGCACACUAUUACACGCCUUUAGAAGUAUAUCGUCAGCGGAAUACCAAGAUGUAGCGCCAUAUUUUCGUUGUCUACGGUCGAAUUCAAUGAUGUUAGAGAAGAGAAGGGCUAACCAUGCGAGCUAUAACCAAUUACCGUUCACGAAUCCAAUGUCGCUAGAGUUACCAGCGCGUCGCAAGCCUAAAGGUAGCAGAAACUACCCUAUGAGUCUCACCGACCCAAACACGAUUCUCAGCUGUCUCCCACUGUUGGAAAGCCGGUGUAGAAAUGCAACCGUUCGCUUGACAAAAUUCAUCAGACUUUCUAUGAAAGCAACAGAAAUGUUAUUGCGAGCAAUCAACAACAUGGUUAACGUGAACAUUAUACAUCUGGUGCGGGAUCCGCGUGCCAUGAUGGAUUCUCAGCUCCGUAAAAAUGAUAUGGGUGUCAAACGCUUCGCUGUUUUUCAAACUAGAACCAAAUAUAUGUGCUCAUGUCUAAGAAAAAACUUGCACCUAUUUAAAAAGUUAAAUCCUAUGUAUCCAAACAAAUUUUACUCGCUCCGUUAUGAAGACCUUGUAGACAGACCCUUAGUAACGUUUGAAGACUUACUCUCAUUUCUUGGUUUAGGAUUUGGACAUAACAUGGAAAGGUACGUUAAAAACAGUAGCAUCAACUACACACCAGCGAGAGCAGCCGUUUGGAGAGAGCACAUUUCCAUUGAGCAUCUACGCAUAGUUGACAAGUACUGUAGAGACUUGUAUCCAGUUCUCGGCUAUGUGCCCCUGGACACGCUGAACCAGGUCAGAAAUCUUACUGUCCAGGAUCAUAUUCAGCUUCCCUGAUGGAAGAUAUUCAGUGCAAUAACUAUACGUGGUUCUGAUCCAGGAAAAUGACUCUAAUGUGUUUUGUUUACUAUUGUAAACGUUU